UCGAGGAGAUAUCAUGGCCCUUCCAUUUUUCAGAGGUUCGAGAAAGUACGUCAGCUCCAGCGGGUUUCUCAGAGCUACCAGGUCAGGAUUAUGCCGAAAUCAACUGCUAUUGCAAAGAACACUAGUUGCAGUGCCCAGACCUCCUUCCCCUUCAUUCCUGAGGAAAGUUUUAGAGUGUUCGGAGAUGUCUCUGGGAAAGCCUUCGACACCUGUCCUGCCGUCCAGUACACCGAUAGAGCUGUCGAGAGUGAUGAGUUUGGACGAUGCCAAUCCAAAUGGAAACGUACACGGGGGAGUGAUGUUGCAGCUAAUGGAGCAAGCAGGAGAGGUGGUGGCCAACAGACACUGCAAUAGAAACACAAACCCCGAGUCCCCAGUUGUUGCUGCUGUUGUUCGUGUUGACCACAUGGACUUUCAUCGACCGAUGUUUGUUGGGGAAAUGGGCCGGAUACAAGCCGCUAUCACCUACACCUCGAAACACUCUGUGGAAGUGACUGUAGACGCUUGGGCCGAGAAUGUCCUCAGGGGGAAUUGUCGACACACUAACACCGCCACGCUGUGGUAUGUCACCACGCCAGCCCUGGAGCAAAUGGACGAAGCUAAGGAACUUCGAGUGGUCCCCGUACCUCGAAUUUCGGAGCUCACACCUAAGCAGUUAGAGGCUGGGAGACUCCGGUACGAAGCCCAGAAGACGGCACGAGCAGAAGCAAGUGGAGAGCCGCUUGAUUUCCGACACGAUGCGAGCAGGAACGAGUAUGAGCCUGAGAAACACACUGUACUGGCGUCGCAGAAUACUCUAGCAAACAUCGUUCUGCCGUCAGAUUGCACGGUCACUGGACACCUAAUGGGUGGCGUGCUAAUGAAAAAGAUGGACGAAGCGGCUUCGAUAUGCUCUGCCAGUCACUGCGGUACUCUCUGCGUUACUGCCUGCAUCGAUUCUAUAGAUUUUCACUCCCCGAUAACGUGCGGCGAAGUCAUGUUUGUGACGGCAAGGCUCUCCUACAUCAGUGGAAAGUCUAUGGAAAUUGAGGUGAUAGCUGAGGCAGAAGGGUUAAAGGUUGGAUCUCGAAGGGUCACUACUACUGCCUACUUCACAUACGUCGCGAUAGGCAAAGACCUCAGGGCAAUAACUGUCCCACCUCUACAGCUAAGAACCGAUUCUGAGAGAGUGGUUUGAAGACGGAAAGAAACGAUAUGAAGCCAGAAAACCACACUGAAACUAUUAUAUAAUAUCAAAUUAUGAUUGGUACAUAUAUAUAAAGUUCUAUUUUUUGGAGGAUUUUUCUAACAUUCUUGCUUUCUUUCUCUCUUCAUAGCGAGCUUUUCCUUCUUUAAAUCGUUGGUGGUCCUCAUCACUGGUCAGAAUCAGGGGAGGUACUUCGUGUGCCUUCCUGUCGAAGCCGAUGGAAACAAAUGUAAAGUAGGCUGUAUUUACAACCCUACGACUGCCUGAUGCCAAGCCCUCAGCUUCAGUAAUGAUCUCAACCAUCAUCGACUUCUCGCUGCAAAAGACGAGUCUUGCUGUGCAAAAGAUCGCCUCACCGUUUCGAACAGGGCCGUGGAAAUCUAUCGCAUUGAUGCAAGCCGUCACUACGGGCGAGCGAGAGUGCCGUGCCGCACAGAUCCCUGCUGCACUGUCCAUCAUCUUCAUGAGCGGACCCCCCAUUAGAUAAUUCCCUCUAACACAGUCGGAAGGAAGAACGAGGGUUGCUAGUGUGGUCUGUGAACUUUGGACCGUGUGUUCGGGAGCAUCCGAUAAGGGUUGAUAGAUGUUCGGAUGGGUCAGCCCCUGCAUGGAAUCGCUCGCUGAGGCUCUGCUGGCCUUUUGAGCCUUGUACCUUUUCAAACCCUCGCUUGCCUCUCCUGCGGUUAACCCUUCUAACUGGGGCACAGCGACAGGUUUCAACGCACUGUUGCCGUUUGUAGGGAAGGCCACGUACCACAGCAUGGCUCGAUUGGUGCGUCUUCGAUCUCCAGUGAGAACGUUUUCAGCCCACACCUCCGCUGUCACCUCACAGGAGUGGGGCGAAGUGUACGUCACGGCAGCGUGUACUUGCGCCACUUCACCCACGUACAUUGGCUGGUAGAAAUCCAUGUGCUCUACUCUUGCCAGUGCAGUUAUGAACGGGCCUUUGCUGCGGUCUCCGGCACUGUUGCAGUGCCGUGUGGACACUAUAACGCCGGCGUGCUCGAUAAGUUUGAGGAUUGUUCCACCAUGCACGUUUCCCAUGGGGUUCGUGUCGUCUGGGAGC